ACGGCGAUCUUCAGCUUCACAAGUCUCAGACAAUGCCGCCAGAUGAGUAGGGGGAAGUGGAGCUAUUGAUAGGAUACUCGAAGACGGGGCGAAAAUCUUUGAUAUUCAUGUCGUUGGACUGAAAUAUCUCACGUAAACUUUGCGCUCGACCUGAACUUCCUCAGCGGCCAUGGUCGGUAUCAAAGUGCGGCCUUCUGCGUCGCACGAUCAACCACGGCGCCAAACUGUCAUCUCUCAAGUUUCUGGAGUUUACCACAAGACAAAAAGCUGCUGGAAUCAGUUUCAGAUCGGCCAUCGAGAAUGCUACUCCAUCGAGCGAAUGUUGGCUCUACGAGACUAUUACGAGCAAACGUCGCUGCUCCGAGUCAUUUUGGUGUGUUUACUCACUCCUUUGCCUGCUUUUACCGUCGCGAUACUUAUUGAAUGCAUCCCGUUGGCUUCUCCAUCCGAUGGCUGGCGAGCCAAUUACGCAUUCUACAUUCGACUCUUCCUCUCCAGUUUCCCCAUGGCAAUAGGCGGCGUACUACAGGUGAAGCAGGUCAUUCCUCCGGGUAUUAUUUCCACCAAAGCGACGAUAGGAAUUGGAAUCGGCACUGCUUCAGGCUACGUGGUCUGUGCCCUGUCGUUGGCAGCUUGGUGGGAAUUCCCCGUACCUUUUGGCUACGUCGUGAUGGUAGGUCCAUUCGUGUUCUUCUUCAUGAUGAGUUUUGGUCUCGCUAUCAGACUAUUUGCAAUGAACUCGGCACUACGUCAGCAGAUUAUCCCUCAAUUGUCUGUGCUGGCUACUCAGGGUCUUCUGGCGGGAUGUUACCCUCCUUAUUUUGCAGCUUUUCGCCAGUUGUCUGGACUCCAGCAGACAGCUUUUGUCCUCGUGAUGCCGUUCAUCAAGACGCUAAACAAGCAGUACACUGCCAGGCGGUGUGCACACUUGCAAGAGUACAUCGGGCCCAUGAUCAUUUUCUCCGUUGACGUGUGCAACGUAUUGUACACCGUCAUCUGCAUGCAGACCGCAGUCUCCUCACUCACGACUUUGUUCAUGGUCAUCUCCGACAUUUUCUUCAUCAUAAUUGCGAUUCACUCGGUUUACUACCCCAACAACCGGUCGUUGCUUAAAGACAAGAACUAUCUUCAAACACUCCCAGGAAUGAUGCUCCAAGUCUAUCGAAGCGUUGACAGCUUUGAAGAUCCAAUUCGCGUGUGUGCCCCGUUUUCAUUACCACUAUUCGGGGAUAGCAAACAGCUCAUAUCGGAGCUGUGUAAUGAAUCGAAAAAUGCGGCCCCCAGUACUACCGCCAGCUAUUCAAUCAGCAGUGUCGUGCCUGUUGCAUUUCGAAGACAGUCAAGUUUAUCGGACAUCCGCUACUUUGCCAGAAACCUCAAAGACGAUGCAGACUUGACACCAGCAUUCGUAUCGUCUAAGCGAAGAGCAUCGAUCACCUCUGUCCCAAUGUCGCGGCCUCCGAACGUCGAAGUAUCUCGACGCUGUGUGUCAUUGGUCGCAGCAACGUCAGAGCGAGUUCUGUCUCCCAUAUUCGACCGUCACUUACGCUCUAAGAAUGCAGUACAGGAGAUUCAAGACGCUCUCCGAGUGUUGUUUCACUCUGAAUAUAUCAUGCUGAGCGAAUACGUCGAGUGUGUGUUGCCGGUCCUGUAUGCAACAUAUCUUGCCAUUCUCCACCACCUCCCGACAGCCGAAUACUAUCCGCAUAUGCGGUCUGUAACAACCGACAAGCUAAUAGUGAUACUUGAGAACAUGGCGCUCUACGGGCUUGUGGAGUUAGCGUCGUUUAUUGGAGUUGGUCUGCUGUUAAAGCGGAAGUUGGGCUUCUCGCCACUGUAUCAAGUGGCAUUCGUUCUGGAAACACAAGCACAGACCUUGCAGAGCUUGUUGUUCGUGUGGGUUCUGUGUGUCCUGCAGUUCACCUUGGUGCACAAUGGUGUUGAUCUUGAUGCUCCGUUUAAGUAGGCGCAUGUCUUUAGGGUCCUCCGUCGGUAAAGUUACGUGGUCUCAUACAGUAUUACUGUCGGUUGUUGACGAAUAGCUAACAUGAAACAACAAUUGGUAUGAAGCAA